AUGUUACUAGCAAGUCUUCCCAGAAGUAUGAAAGCUGUCGUCAUCGAUGGCGAUAGACCACUCGUUAAAAGCAACGUCCCAAUCCCCAUCCUGGAUGAAAAUUGCAUCCUAAUCAGAACCGUCGCUGUGGCCGGUAACACUUCGGAGUUCAAACACUUGGAUUUGAAACUCGGUCCACAGGGUUCCAUCUUAGGAUGUGACGUCGUCGGUGAAAUUGUUCAAUUGGGGUCCAAUAUCAUUGAACCUAAGGAUGAUGAAUAUCAAAUUGGUGAUUACGUUUAUGCAUUCGUUCAUGGUGCCUCCCAUAGUCGUCCUUACAAUGGUGCAUUUGCUGAAUAUGUGUCUGUGGAUUCAGCUACCACCUACAAGUGUCCGAAGGGUUGGACCCUAGCUAAAUCGGAUUACUUGCCUCAAGGUCCAGUGACAACCUUUGAAGGUGCCGUGUCCAUACCCUUUUCCAUGACUACUGCAGGUGCUGUCUUGUAUCAUGAAAUGAGGCUUCAAUUGGAAUGGGAACCCAAAGAACCGCAGAAUAAUUUUCCCUUAUUGAUUUGGGGUGGGGCCACGGGGGUUGGUCAAUCUUUAAUUCAAAUAGCUAAGAGAUUACAUGGGUACACCAAGAUUAUUGUUGUUUGUUCCAAGAAACAUCGUGACAAUAUGAUUAAAUAUGGUGCCGAUGACGUUUUUGAUUAUCAUGAUGAAGAUGUCGUGCAACAGAUCAAACAAAAAUAUCCAAAUAUUCAGCAUUUAAUUGAUGCAGUUUCUAAUGAUGAAACUAUUCAACAAGUAUACAAGUGUUCUGCUGAUGAUGUGCCCGUAACAUUGAUGCAAUUGGUUUUUUUGAACCUUGAUAAUAUUAAACCAGAGGACAGAAAGGAUAAUGUGAAAAUAAUUGGGACUGUAGUCUAUCUUUCCACAGGUCUUGGUGUUCAAAUGGGUGAAAGUUAUCAUUUCCCGGCAAAUCCAAUAUAUAGAAGAGAUAUAAUAAAUUUUGUUAAAUUUAUUGAACCACACAUUGCAGCGGGUGAAAUUCAACAUAUGCCUGUUAAGAUUUUCCGUAAUGGACUAGAUGAUAUCCCUGAAAUUACUGAUCUUAUCAGAAAGGGUAAGACAAGUGGUGAAAAGUUUGUCACAGUAUUACAAUGA